CUGAAGGUACCACUGCUGGCCACUAGAGGACGCUGUUAUCGUGACGUAAGGAAUAUCAUCUGGGUCCAAGCCACCUCUCGCUUCACUCUCCGUUUAUAAACGGUUACAACACUUUGACGUGAAGCUUCUGUCAUCAGGUGAUUUUCACCAUGACGUCACUCGUGCACACCCUUCGGGACCACCUUGAUGAUGUCAACGGCUGCGCGCUCUCGCAGAGUUUGCUGGCCACGUGCUCCGGAGACAAGACAGUGCGCGUGUACUCAUUAGAGGAUUUCAGUGAGCUGCGAUUUUCUCCUCUCACCGGUCACGGUUACGCGGUGCACGGUUGUUGUUUCAGCGCAUGCGGCAGAUUCCUCGCGUCCUGCUGCACGGACGCGCUCACUAAAGUCUGGAGCACGUCCACAGGUGCGGAAGUGGCCGCGCUGGAGCACCCGGCGCGCAGCCCCGUGCGCGUUUGCGCAUUUUCACCUGACGCAUGGCACCUGCUCUCGGGCGCGUCCGACGGCACUGUUGCGCUCUGGCACGUGCCAUCAAAGACCCUACAGAGAUGUUCUAAAGUGAGCGAGGGAACGGUUUUGGCCUGCUGUUUCUCUCCGUGUGAUCAGAUGUUUGUCACAGGAUCCACACUAGGAGAACUUCACCUGUGGACUCUCACUAUGAACUCUUUACACAUUCAGAAAGAUGCUCAUGAUUUAGGGGUCAACUGCUGCCAGUUCUCUCCAAAGAUCUGCACGGAUGGUCCAGCAGUGAAGUUUCGAUUGGUGUCUGGUGGGCAGGACAGUCAGCUGAGAGUAUGGAUUAUUACCCAGCAUGCAUCAGCAGCAGGUACUCUCACUGAACCCUGCAGUCAAACCCAAAACUCACUGAAGUUCAGAUUGAACAUCUCUGCAGAAAACAGGACCAGAAAGAUAGAAAUGUGUUUGGGUUUAGGAAGGAAGAUCCCAUUGUUUGGAUAUAAUGAGAGAUGUUCUGCAUUGAAUAUAAUAACAAUACACUUCCUGUUUAUUUGUGUGUGGACAGGAAGGAAGUCUGUGUGUUACUCCAGAAUGCUGGUCAGUGAUUGGUCAGAAGAUGAUGUGUGUGACUGGCUUCAGGAUGAAGGAUUAGAAGCUCUGGUGGACACAUUUAGGGCUCAAAACAUUGAUGGGCCUGAACUCAUCACCUUAAAUAAAGAAACACUGGACAAUCAUUUUAACAUUGACUCAGUGGGUCUGCGUGGUAAAGUCCUGAGGAAAAUUGAUGGCUUAAGAUCUGCACUGAUGGACUCUGAUGUCCCAAAUCAUUUCCUCUGUCCAAUCACCAGAGAGCUCAUGAAGGACCCUGUCAUCGCUGCAGAUGGAUAUUCCUAUGAGAGAGAUGCUAUUGAGACCUGGAUCAGAACUCCAAAUCACUCGAGUCCUGUGUAUAACCUGCCUUUAAAAAACACCCUCCUGAUUCCUAACAGAAGCCUGAAGAUGGCCAUCCAGUGCUAUAAAGCCAACCAGUAAGCACAUCUCACAUCAGCACUGACAUCUGAUCACUGAUAGGGCUGUGUGAUAUUUUGGGAGGGGAUAUAUGUAAUAACUUGCCAGAUAAUGUAAUAGACGAUAUGCUAUAUGAAAGAAACAUUUGAAAUAUAUCAGACUAUGUGUAAUGUAUGAAUAUUACACUGCAAAAAAUUAUUUUAAAG